AUGGUUUCCAAGCCGGACAAAGACCCACCUGAUGGUGGAUGGGGUUGGCUUGUUGUCGUUGGAGCAUUUAUUGUUUUUUUCAUGUCCAGUGGAAGUUAUUUUGCAUUCGGAGUGUUGUAUGUUGCAUUCAUCGAUGCUUUUGAAGAAUCGAAAGCCGCGACCGCAUGGGUUGGCUCCAUCUACUACCUGUUCUUAGUAAUGGCGGGCCCAUUUGGAAUAUGUCUGUCUUCGCAUUUUGGACACAGAUUGGUUGUAGUUAUAGGUGGUUUGAUAGCUACUGCUGGACUAAUAUUAACAUCGCUCGCUACGGAUUUAUAUCAAGUAUGUCUUACAUACAGUGUCAUGGCAGAUUUUAACAUCGUCACGUUUGCAUCUGUAGGUUUUGGCUGUGGCUUGUGUUUGAUACCUGGAAUAGAAAUGGUGAGUGUAUACUUUAAAAAACGAUUGGCACUAGCCCUGGGGUUAUGUAUGGCUGGUACAGGUGCUGGUCAAAUAUGUUUCGCUUUUUUAAGCCAGGCAUUGCUGGAUAUAUAUGGGUGGAGAGGUAUGAUGCUGAUACUGUCUGGAGCGAUGUUACAUCUAUGUGUUGCCGGGGUCUUAUUCAAACCAUUACACGACAUCCGGAAAUCUAUACCUACAACUAAUUAUUCUGCUAUCAAUGAUGAAACGGAAGUCAUCAACGUAAUUUUACAAAAUGGGAAAGAAAUGACAAUAUAUUCAAACGAGGGACUGAAAAAUACAAGUGAUGUAGACAACACUUGCUGCGUGAGGAAAAUGAGAUUCUCUUGUGUUACGUCGGCACUUUCAUCUCUGUUUGCCUGUGAGAUGUUCAAGGAAACAGUCUUCUAUCCAAUUUUGGUAGCUGGACUGGGACAAGCUUUUGGACAAGCCAUUGUCACAACGCAUGUGGUAGGUGUACAAUGA